AUGGGACUUGUUUCCUAUCGCAAUUACUGGCGACUUGUUUUGUCAUACCAGUUGCGACAUCAAAAAUCUCCUGUUAGCAUUGCGGAACUUUCAGAACGUACCGGUAUGACAGCGGAUGAUAUCGUAUCAGGUUUAGAAGGACUGCGGGCCUUAGUUAGGGAUCCCCAGACAAAAACUUAUGCCCUACGGCUAAAUUACGCAUAUUUUGAGGAAUAUAUUCAAAACUGGGAGAAAAAAAAUUAUAUUCGGCUGAAUCCAAACGCUCUUGUUUGGACUCCCUACGUUAUGGGUCGCAGCAAUCAGUCACACUACGACCGGGCACCUCUACAUACGGUCGCUCCGCGAGACGAGAAUGACGGCGACGGUGAACUAGACAUUGAAGGCAGCGGCGAUAACAAUGUUUAUGGCGCCAGCAAGUCGGAGAACAUGAAUGGUGAUACAUCUAGCAUGCAAGACGGCAUGUUCAACGGACGCAACCGAGCUACAUCUGCCUCUCCUCCAUUUGAUCCCCCUGGCCCACCAUCCAUGAAUGUAAUGCCGCUUCGUGGCUCUUCGUCGAGGCGAACUAAUGGUGCCAGCACUCCGUCAACAUCGUCCUCUAUGCUCAACCCAGCAGCUGGGAUCCCUCCCACACGAUUCGAAAUAUUCCCUCCCAUUCAAGGAACUGUCACGAAACGACGACCUGGUCGACCAUUUGGCUCAACACGUGCCAACAAGUAUAAAGGACGCGCAAUUUCGGCUGCGGCUGCGGCUACGGCUCCGGCAACCGCCCGGACAAGUGGUCGGAGUACUCCGAAGCGAACCACCAGCCAGAUUACCAGUACUCUAACGCCCUCAAGUAGAGGGUCUCGCCUCAGAAGGGGGAGAAGCAGUAAGCUAUUUGAUAACAAUGAUGCUGACGAAACUAUGGGAGACGGUAUCGACAGCGGGGAAUUUGGCGAACUUGAGCAAUUGGGAAUGUCGGAGUGUUGUUCGGCGCAAAUUGAUACGGCUGGUGUGGAUGUUGAGGCGAAAGAGGAAGUCCGUCCCAAUCACAGAGCCGAUGAUGAUGACGUUUCCUCUGAGAGGGAUGUCCAAUCAAAUAGCAAAGGCAAAACUGCUGGUGCACUCGAAGAUGGCAACACCAAUAUUGACAAGGUUGCAUGCACUGUCUCACCAGCUGGAGUCAGCAAAGUUCACAAGGGCCGCACCACGGAUAUAGAUAUCGUGAACCAUAAAAGUUCCCAGGAAUCUAACCACGGGGCGGACAGUUGUCUCCAGUCAGUCGACGGUAUUGGAGGAGAACCCUAG